CUUUACCAUCGCCAUGUCUGAUACUCAGCAUUCGAAGGAAACGUUACCAUCGAUUCAUGAUCCUCAGCAUUCUUCCAUUGAUCAAAACCAAACAGAAGGUGAGACAGUCAGUAGACCAACUACCCUAGCACAGUCACUCGGUCAUCAUCGAUCCCUCACUCUUGAAGGAAAACCUGCUGUCUUUCCUGUGGCACCGUUCAAAACCCCUGAUGGAGUUCACAAUGUUCAUUCUCGAAAUUUAAGAUCAUCGAUCAGCAACUCUUCUGGAACUAUUCCUCGCGCCUCAAACCUUCCACCGAAUUCUCAACCUCCCUCAGCUCACUCACGACAUCCUCAUCCUCCUGAUGGCAACAUCGCACUUCCUGAUCCAGAGGGCUUUUUGAGACUCGCAGCCGGAGUGGUGAAAGGUAGACAAGGUUCUGUGUUGAGUAGGGGAUCACUUUUGAAAACCGAUCAUUGGGCUUCAGGUCGAGCACAAACUUUGGCACAUCACCUUCAAGGCGCUCCCAAUUUUAGGCCGGCUGUUUACAACAUUUUUGGGACUGCGCAACCUUCUCUCUCAGGAAUCAAGACGGUCUUGGCCUUUCUUAAAUCCCAUCCCAAUGGACGUGGACGUGCUGUCUGGUUCUGUACCAGAGAAGAACCGGUAGUGUACAUCUCAGGACGACCAUUCGUAUUGAGGGACUCUGUGAGACCAACCCAGACCUUCGCUAUCAGCGAAAGGGCUUCCAACAUUGAAGCAAUCGAAUCUCGGGCUGAUGUACCACAAUCGCACAGAUUGAAGUUAGAUAUCCUCAAAGAGGCCAAUAAGUAUGGUGGCCUAGUAUUAGUACACGAUGAAACAGUGGAAGGUGAAAUAUUACCCGCUUGGACAACAGCGGAUGAUGUAAAGACAACGCGUGAGGUGUGGGAAGAAGUCAAGGGACAAGGUUAUCGAUACCAUCGUAUCCCAAUCUCAUCUGACCAAGCACCUGAAGACUCCUACCUCGACCACUAUGUAGCCAUUCUCAAGAAUAUCUCCACCAGUACUUCUCUUGUCUUCAAUUGUGGCAUGGGCGUGAUUCGUACUACUUUUGCAAUGGCUGCAGCCAUCAUAAUGCGAAGACGUCAAGUGAUUAAGGAAGGAGGUGAAGAUAUCUUUAGCUUGAAUGAUACUCAGGUGCCUCCCAAUGUUGGAGAUCAAACCCGUUCUAAGGCCAUCAAAGCCAUGCGCAUGGUUGGUGAACAACAGAUUCGAACACGUAGUUUAUUGAAGUUGAUGCAGCUUCUCCAUACAUGUUUACCGACGGCCAAUCAGCAUGCGGUCAUGCAACUUUUGACGACACAGCCUGCCUUACUCGAAAAUUUGAGAAAAGGGAUUAUAGGGGAUUAUGACAUCAUCAUGUCAUUAGUUUCUAUUCUAGAUCAGGGCACCACUGAAAAGGACUUGGUUGACAUAGUCAUCGACAUCAAUCUAAGGGAUGAUAUACUCGAGCACAGGAUCAAAUUCGCUAUCACUGCUGCCACGAAGGACGACGAGGUAGCCGAUGAAGAUGAGCGAAAACACAUGCACCUAAAGCGAGCGCUGGCCGGUCUGGAACGCUAUUUUUUCCUAAUUGCGUUCUCGGGUUAUUGUAAUGAGCCACCAAUGACAUUCAAUGACACGUUUUCCCCUUGGCUAAAGACCCGCAGUGAAAUAUCCAAUAUGAUACUCCGUCUCCGGCGGACGGCUCGACAAUUCGUCUUUGCCCCAGUGCACGACCUUUCCUCGCUCACACGCGGCCAUGUGGGCACUGUAGUAGCAAGCACAGCAGCAAUGAAACUACAAUUUGCUGAUCUUGAACGAGCAGGCGGUGAAAUUGUUGGCACUGAAUGGGCCCAUCAUAUUGUUGAUACGAGACGGGGUAUAACACUGAGAGCCGGGCUGAUUCUCAAGAGCGAUCAGUGGCCUACUCAAUUCAGUAGGGAUGAUUGUCAGAUUAGAGGGGCAGUCAAUUUCCGCAAAGUACCUGGUACAAGUCUAUUUGGGCUCUCUCAACCCACUCAAGAAGGUCUAGAUCGCAUAGUGGAAAAGGGAGGAACCUCUGAUCUAUAUCAAUGGUGUACCUUAUGUUCUUCGGCUGGAGGCAGUUGGACUUCGCAAUAUGAAAUCUUACGCUGGGAUUUCGAGUGGCCGACUAGAGCUUCUAGAAGAUCGGCUCAAGUCAGAUAUGUCCUUGCUGAACUUCGUAGCUUCGACGGCCGGAUACUGUUACAUACUGAAACCGAUGACGGAUCGAUUAUUGGAAUAUGGGAAUCAGCCGCACCGAGCGCUAUCAAAACAUUGCGAGAAAUCAUGGAUGAAAAGUCUGGUCUUAUCAGACAGACCGAAAAGUAUCGAUUAGACUUCAGACGACAACCGAUCACAGCUGAGAAAGCUCCAGAUUUCGAAGAUAUUAAAGAUUUGAUUGGAUUUGUUUCAGACGCUGAAGCCAACUCGCCUUUCAUUGUGAAUUGUCAAUUGGGUCGCGGUCGAUCAACUCUCACCAUGGUCUGCAUCAUUUUGAUCCAACAAUGGCUUGCUUACGGCGGGGCUCGAUUCGCAUUCGCGGAGCCAACGGUUUCUCAACGCAGAUCGAGAGCCCAAUGGUCUUAUCAGACUAUCAAUAACUUGACUCGUGUGAUGCGCAACGGACGGGGUAUCAAAGCUGCGGUUGAUGCAGCGAUCGAAAAAUGUUCAGCAGUAUAUGACUUGAUCGAGUCUAUAGAAACUUGCAGACAGGCCGCAGAAGAAAGCACCGAUGACGUCGUACGGAAAGAAGGAAAAAUUAAGAAAGGCUUAUCGAACCUCCGCCGUUAUGCUUUUGUCUUGAUUUUCGCCUGCUAUCUCAAUGAGACCAAGGCAAACACACGAAGAGAGUUGGAGGACAGCAAGUCUUUUGAGUUAUUCUGGAAGGAGCAUCAAGUCUUCAGAACGAUUUUGGAUGAACUGAAUGGUGCAGAUAUUCAGGCACUUACUCCACUUGAGAUGGGGAGCUUUGCUGCACAUGGAGUGGACUGGACGGAGGAAGAACAAACUGUGGUCUCAGAGCGUGCCGGAAUCAUUCUAUCAGCGCAAACGAUCCUCAAGUCGGACUUUUUCGUAGGACUUCAGAAGAUGACUCUCCCAUUAAGGAUUGAAGGAUUACCCAACAUCAGACAGGUACCAAUAAGGCCUGAAGGCGAUUCUUGCGACCCUUCGAUUUUCGGAAGUGGCAUGCCUACUCUGGACGGAAUGAGGCGGGGUCUGGAGAAAAUGGGGGCGGCUGGUCCAAAUGCACGGAUGGUAUACUGGACUUCAAUGAGAGAAGAGCCUGUGCUAUACGUACGAGGUCGUCCACAUGUACUCCGCCUGUUUGAUCAACCCCUAGAAAAUGUCAUCACUACUGGUGUCGCAGCAGCAGCUGUCGAAGGGAUGGAAGCUGCUCUCAAAAAUGACGUGCUAAAUGAGAUUAGAGAGAUGAACGGAAGAUUACUUUUGCACGAUGAAGUAGAGGAGAACGGCAAAUUUUGCAUCACCGCGGUGUGGGAAACAGUUGCUGACAGUGAUAUCAUGACUCCUCGGGAGGUAUUCGACCUCAUGAAGGCUGAAGGCUUCGCAGUUGAUUAUGCCCGUCUUCCGGUGACAGACGAGCAAGCCCCAUUGCCUGGUGUCUUUUCGAGGUUGGAGCAACGUGUCAGAAGCGCUUUGAGCUCCGGGCUCGAACAAGGGCAAGUCGGGGCUCACUUGGUUUUCAACUGCCAGAUGGGCCGUGGACGCACAACGACUGGAAUGGUAGCAGCGAUGCUUGUGGCAGGCAUCAUGUCUGACCGUUACAAGGCUUAUGUUUCCCGUGCGGAUUCCUUAUUGUCAUUAGACGCGGUGACCGAUCGAGCACAAUGGCAGACUUCUCCGGCGCUUUCACCGCCUGGCACUGUCAGCGGAGGCGACACUUGGGAUGGUGUAGAGGCUGAUCCCUACCUCGAAGGUGAAUACAAGACCAUUUUGCAACUUGUUGGUGUCUUGCAACAUGGACGCUUGGCAAAGAAAAUCACAGAUAAGGCGAUAGACUCGAGCAACAGGAGAAAAGCGGUAUACGAUUUUAAGUUGCGCGCAGAAGCGGCUGAACCCGGCAGUGAGAAACAGAGAAAGAUCACUACGGCCGCUACUAAUUACUUGUAUAGAUAUGGAUCCCUUAUUGCGUUCGCAGACUGGUUGUUGGAGCGAGCCGAAAUUGACGAUGAUGAUGCUAGAGAUUCGAUUGCAUCAUUUCCAAAAUGGUUACAAGACCAUCGCGAGAUCACUCAUAUUCUACAGAAGCGAUCACUCGAGUAG